AUGGCUUCGUCGGCGAAGGAAUUGCCGCUGGAUAUUUUGAUGAGGAUUUUCGGAUUUCUCCCUGUACCUUCUGUGUGUCGGCUGCGCGCGGUUUGCAAACAGUGGAACGCGUUGAUAGAUUCCCCCGAGUUUGGUACUCUGUGUGCGCUGGCUCCGAGGCAACGAUUUUAUGUUCUCCUCACUCCUGGUAGAUGUCGUAACGCCGACGCAGGGUGGUGCGUCUUAGACGUGAUGGACGAGCGGUUCUACUCCCUUGACAGUAGCUACCUAGUCGACCAUGCGAAAAAAGCAAACCCCUGCGGUGACGAAACUUAUUCUCUGGAAACGGUGGACACAGCUGGUGGGCUCUUUCUCGUGGCGUAUAGAGAGAAACAUGUGUUGCCCAGGUUUAACGUUCUCUAUGUUUGCCAUCCUGUGACGAAAACCCUAAAACGGUUGCCUCCAAUUGUGGGCAUGGCCUAUGAGUUGACUUCACCGAUACUUACCGUGGAUUAUUCCGCCAAGACUUACAAAGUGAUUUGCAUCGGGGAGCAAAUGCACAUGUAUGACUCGCAAAACGGCCAAUGGAGCGAGCUAGCGACUCCGCCGGACAGGGACCUGGCGGUGUGCAGCGCAGUAUGCAACAAUACAGUUUACACCAUCUUCGGCAAACGCUCUUGUCACAUGCUUCUCACCUACAGCUUGAUUGACGAUGCGUGGAGCAAGGAAGGUGCUGAAUUGCCAUACAACUCUUUUGAGCAGCUAGUUGUGGUCAACGGGGAAGUGUACCUCGUGGCUGGUUCCCGGACGAGCUGCUUUUGUGGACAGGAGAUGUGCUUGAAGUCGUGCAUUAUAGUAUCUAAGGUCGCGCCUCCCCCGAAGGCUCCUGAGAAAAUUGCUCGCAUGCCGGAAACUUGGCAUACACUGCUCUAUCCUCCAAAUCAAGACUGGAACAAUUGCUAUGGCAUUCCGAGCUUCAUUGCGGUUGCUUCUGAGUGCGCAAUUGUGUUCACCUCCACUAGCGGGAGGUGUAUAGUAUAUGACCUGGCUAAUCGUUCGUGGCGCUCCGUGCAGAAACGACACCAUUACAACCGGAAGCUCGCAGCAAGUUCGACUACCCUCAACCCAGGGUUUCUGCUCUAA